AUGAAACGACGGAAGAAGAAUGAGGUUAUAGUGGUCAGUAGUGAUGAGAGUAAAGGCAACAGUGAGGAAGAAGAAGAUUUAAUUGAAGAUGAUGAAGAUAUAUCCCAAGACUUUAUAGUGCUGUCUAAGAAACCAAAAUCAGUAAAUCUGAGCCAGAAGAAUCCAACACCCAUAAAGCGAGUCAAAUACGAAGAGAAGGCAUUUCCAAACCAUGAUGAGUAUCAACAAUGGAGUGACAAGUAUACACCCAAGACCCUGGGUGAAUUGUGCAUCAAUCCUCAAAAAUUGAAACAAGUUAAGGAAGUUUUACAAGAUAUGAUUUUUAAUUAUAACGCGUUAACUACACCCCGAUUAUUGAUCCUUAGUGGUCCCGCUGGGAGUUGUAAAUCAACUACGAUUAAAGUUCUUGCCAAUGAUUUAAUAUCACAAAGACAUCAGAAUACUUCAAUGCUAUCAGGUUAUGAUGAUCUUAGUGUUGGAGAUCAAAAAUGGAUAGAGUAUAUGGAUACCAAUGUGGAUGGGAUUAAUCAAAGUAAUCAAUUUGAAGAGUUCUUGAAUGAUGUAAAGUAUAGAAUUGGUCAUAAUUUAUCAGUCGUGAUAUUGGAGGAAUUACCUAAUAUAUUUCAUUUUGAAACAUUACAAAAAUUUAGGAAUAAAUUAAAGGAAUGGUUAUAUUUGGAUACUACAUCUGUACGAUUGCCUCCAUUAGUCUUGUGCUUAACAGAAGUGGAAUACAAUAACGCGUUUGACUCAUCCACAGCGUCCUAUUCAUACAAUAUUGAGAAUAAUCUAACGGUUGAAACGCUAUUAGGCAAGGAAAUCAUUAACUCGGGUCCAAAAGUGAAAGUUAUCAAAUUCAAUGCUAUAGCGAACAAGUUUGUAAGAAAGACCAUCAAUGGUGUGAUUAAAGGCGAACGAAGUAUAUUCAAUAGUAUCCCUCCUCGACAAUUGAAUCCGUUCUUAGAUGAAUUGGUCAAGAUUGGAGAUAUUCGAUCGAUUUUGUUUAAUUUACAAUUAUGGGCCAAUAAUUACGUCAAACAACAAGAAAAAAUCGGUAAAGAUGAUGAUAAUGAAGGUAGGGCGAUUCAAUUGGAGAGUAGUUUUAUUAGGGAGAAUCAAAUUAAUUUAUUUCAUGCUAUUGGGAAAAUUAUAUAUUCCAGUUCAGAAUUUUCACAACUAUCAGAUUCAGAUUCCAAAGAUUAUUACUCCAUUGAACAAGUGCUAAAUAAUUUCAAUAAUUCAUCAUUAUUGAACCUAUCGAUCUUAGAGAAUUAUCCCAUUUACUAUAAUUCUAACUAUGAUAUCUCCAUUGCCAGUAAUAUCGUGAACGAUUUAAGUAUAAAUGAUUUAUUCAAAGAUGGAUUAGAAGCGAAUAAGGAUUUCGGAAUACGAUCUACUAGAAACAAUCUCAGAUCGAUAGUGGCUCAAGAAUCAUCCUCAAACACGCAGUACAAUAACAAGUUAAAGAUUAAAUUCCCUCGACAUUUUAAAAUGAUAAGACAAUAUAAUAAAACAUUACAACAGAUCAAAUCAUAUCAACGAUAUAUCAAUGAGGGGAAGAACUCAUGGCAGGAUUUGAAUAUGAUAGAUGGGUACUAUCUUCCCAUCAUCUAUAAUAAGCGAGGUAAUACUCGAUAUUCAUAUAAUCGAUUGGGUGGCAAGUUUCAAGAAAUUCAUGCUGAUGAAGAUUUACCUAUUCAAGAUAAUAUAUCAAAUACUGAUGAAGCAAGCAUCUAUGACAAGGAUCAGUUUCAAGUUGAUAUUGAGAACAAAAUCGCCGAAAGAGAGGAUGACAAAGGUGAAGAGGAUGAUGAAUUAAGUGAUCCUAUUGAAAAUAGUGAUCAGGAAGAUGAUGAAGUCGAUGAUGAGGAUGGAUUUCUGUCUGAUCCUGAGUUGGAUGGAUUAAUAUCGCAGGGUCGAGUAUGA